UGCAUGCGGUUCGACAUCGAAUCGGGCCACUCCAAAUGCAUAACAGAGGACAUCAAGAUCAGUGCCGUGACUGUUGGCAAGUACUCCCUCGUCAAUCCUAACGAGGGCUAUCCAAUGCCGGACGAUUACAAGCUCACCGUCAAGGUGAACUCACCUCAGGGACACAACUAUCAUCAUUCGGACCAUGUUGACUCGGGUAACUUUGCGUUCACAGCAGGUGAAGGAGGCGACUUCUCGGCAUGUUUCUAUAUGCCCGAGCUCAGGCCCCCGAGGACAAUGGUGAUAGAUUUCGACUGGUGGACUGGCAUCGCUGCCAAGGACUGGUCUAGCGUUGCUAAGAAGGGUACCAUCGAAGCAAUGGAAGUCGAGUUGAAGAAGCUGCUGGACAAGGUUGCAUCCAUUCAUGAUGAGAUGUUUUAUCUUCGAGAGAGAGAGGAAGAGAUGCAAAAGCUUAACCGGUCGACCAACUCCAAGAUGGGCACCUUCAGUUUCCUCUCGCUCCUGAUUUGCUUGUCUGUGGUGGGUCUGCAAUUCUGGCAUCUCAAGUCAUUCUUUGAGAGGAAGAAGCUCCUUUAG